GUUGAACACCAGGAAUUACAAGACUUGCGUUACGUUGCUGAUGUUUUUUAUACGUUGUAUUAGGGAUUAUUCACUUUUAAACUGAAAACCCCCCUCGUGUAUGAACGUGUCUAGUUGCAGAGAAUUGAAAGAUGUUACUCCACAGUGCAACUAGUUCAUGAGAAAGUGUUCUACAAUCGUAUAAUGUCAAUGAAUUCACAAUGUUAAUAUGCAUUUGCAUGCAUGAAAUAAUUAAAAGCAUCUUACUGAAAAAUCCUUCUGGAAGUUCCCCACUUUAACAAUUCUUCCAUCAAAUCAUCGAUUUUUAAUCUGCUUAUAUGAUUGCCUCGAUAUCAGCUGAAGAGUUCCAGCGUUUUCAAUCACAACUGCUCGAUUUACGUGAAGCGCAGAUAACAGCUAAUGAGGCUCGAUUGAAAGCAGAGAAACGUGUAAAACAAUUAGAAGAAGAACUUUCACACACUAAAUUAGCUUUAAUUGAAGCUCAAUCAACUUCAGCCAAUCGUUCACGUCUUGAAGAGCUGCGACAAGAGAAUACACUUUUACGUGAUAAACUAUUGAGUACAGAAUCAUCAUUCCAGCUGCAGUCGUCAACUCUUCGCGCUGAAUGUCAUCGGUUAACAAAUGAAUUAGACGAAUUACAACAAAAACUAUCACAGAGUAAUAAUAAUAAUAAUAAUGAUAAUAAAGUGAAAAAUUCAAAAUUAUGCCAAACAAUCAAUAAUACACUCAAUUAUCAACAUAAAUCUAUUCAAGUCAACUGUGAUGAUCCUGAUGAUUAUCAAAUUCCCGCUUUUUUAAGACAGAAUAUUGAACAACUUGAACAUUCCUUGGAAACCGCCAAUUUAACACAUCAUCGUUUAAAACAAACUAUUGAACAAUUGAAUAGUCGGGUUACUCUACUUGAGAAUAAAUUAUCCGUGGAAAUAUCUAACUAUCAAAAUCAAAUAGAUCAAUUGAAUAAUGAGAAAAAUUCCCUGUGUACAGAAUUAAAUACAUAUCAAGAAAAGAUGAUGCAAUCUGAGGUAUUGGAAAAAGAAUUACGCAAUCAAAUUGAUUCGGUGAAACGUCGUAGUGAGAAACUGAAUCAUGAGUUAAGACGUCAAUUGAAUCGAUUUCUACGUGGUUGUAAUAAUAACAAUAGUGAUGUAGAGGCUGCAAAUCUACGGAAAACAUCACUACACUCUUCAUCUUCGUCGUUGUCGAGUAAUUUUAAUCUAACCGCGACAACAACAACAACAACGAUGCCAGGUUCUUCAACAUCUAAUGAAGUUAAUUCUGUAAAUGCUAUGAAUGGACAAUUGACAAAGGAUCCUUCAGGGUAUUCUAAUAUUUCUACACCGAAGAAUUCAUUUCAUGAAAUGCCUCCGGGUUUCUUUUCAACAGCUGACUUUAAGGCAAUUAUUGAUCGAAUGUCAGAAGUUCAAGAGGAGAAUUGCACUCUGCGACGAUUGAAAAAGCGUUUAGAAGCUGAUUUAACGGCUAAAAGUUUAGUUAUUCAAAAAGAACUUGAUAACUAUCUGAAAUCACCAUCACCAUUAUCAUCACAAAAGCCUACUCCCCCUCCACCUCCUACAGCAGCAACAGCUGCGUAUUCUACAAUUGUCACUGGAUCAACAGCAUCGGCGAUGACGACAACAAUAGGAUCCUCAUCAUCAUCAACGUCAGGGAGUCAAUAUCGAGCUGUUCGGAGUAAUUCGCAUAUAGCUACCUCUUCAUCCUCUUCACCCUCCACCUACUCUUCAACAGCUUCGCCAUCAACAUCUUCAGUUGCAAAUAAUCCAUUUACAAGUUUAACAUGGUUUCCAUUCAUGAGAAGUACAAUGUCGAAUUCUACUGACUCCUCCUUCACCUCCACGUCGACGUCGUCUAUGACAUUAUCUAGUGUUAAUAUACAAACUGUGAAUCGUUUAAAAUUGAUGUGUGAAGAAUUACUCACAGAAAAUAUUCAAUUAAAAGAACAAUUACAACAGACAAGUCAAUGAAAAAAUCAAAAUAAAAUAAGUUUAAUAUGUGUAUAUUGAUGUAUUGAAUUCCCGCGGAUAUUAUUACCUCCAGAGGAAGUAACUUAAUGAAACGGACGUGUUUGUUUUUUCUCUAUUAAUAGACAGAAAGCAGCGAGGUAACGGGGGGUUGAGGUGGGUGGUUUCUUGGUUGGUUGGCUGGCUGGCGGGUAGCAGGAUGUAGGAGGACUGCCCGCGGAUGCAGCAUCAACAUCACGCUCUUGCUUUUGUUUAACUUUAUCACCUUGAUUUUAACCUUUAAUUAAUUUUAAUUUUGUUAAAAAAGGGCGUUGACCCUGUUUUCUGAAGGCUAUUCAUUCAUUAUUACUUUUUUUUCCUUUUUUUAAAGAUCUCAUUUGGUGAUUUUACUGUAUGAUUUUUAGUAUCCUGUAAUACGAUAUAUAUAUACUACUGAUACCACUGUGUUGUCAAGUAGUAUUGUACGCUUUUUAAUGGGGUGUAUUUUACAGAUGUGUUUGUUGACUGACGACCACUCUGUGUUCCUCUUAUUACAGUAAUAUACAUAUAUAUACGCCUAUAUGUAUAUUGUAUACUAAAUACUGGUGAGAUACAUGCCGGCGGUUGUUUUUUCCUUUAUUUGACGAAAAGCUUUUUCUUUCCGUCGUCUUGGUCAUUGUCGUCUCCUGCCUCUUCUUCUUCUUCUAUUCAUGGCUCUUUCAAGUUGUUCUUGAUUAACAACAUUCCACUCCAUUCACCAUAUCACUCUUUUUCCUUAUUAUAUAUAUAUUGCACAGAUUACUAUUAUUAUUAUUACUACUGUUUAUGUAGAU